AUGGGAGGAUGGCGUGACGGGGUGUGGAUAUGGGGAAAUUUAGGAAUUUCGGAGGUGGAGGUGGAGGAGGCGGGUUUGUCAUCAAAGUUAGCGGUUUUGAGGACUCUUUUAGAGAAUUUUGGAGGCUUGAAUGUGGACAAAGAUUUCGUGUGUUGGCUUCUUGAUUCGGAGAAGUUUUUUAUGGUUUCUUCGUGUUACCAUCGAUAUGCUCUUCUCCGCACACCUAUUAGUCCCUUGAAUAGGAAUGAAGAGGCUUUGGAGAAGAUUUGGAAGAUGGAGGUUCCUUUUAAGAUAAGAGCUUUUGCUUGGAGACUCGUGGUGAAUAGGCUUCCUACUAAAGACCUUUUAGUGUAUAGAGGUAUUAAUUUUCUUACUUCUAACUUAAAUUGUUUUUUUUGUAAUAUGAAUUUGGAGGAUAAGGAACAUAUAUUCUUCAAAUGUGAUGUGAUUAAGGUUGUUUGGAAGGAAAUUGGUGUGUGGGUGGAUUACCCGAGAUGGAACGAGGAAGCUUGCAUUCCGUUUUUUAUGCAAAUUGGGGGUGUUUUUGUUAGCCACUUGUUGGAUUAUUUGGAUGACAAGGAAAUGCGUUUGUUUUAG